CGUGGAUCGCACGGGAACGCCGCGCUGCUUGCGCCACAGUCGGUGAGUGGCAGCUGAGCCGUGCAGACGGAGACAGAGCGACCACUCUCAUUCACAGAACCAAGCAGCGAUGGACAAGAGCCAACAUGUGCAGAGGGCCAAACUGGCGGAGCAGGCCGAGCGCUACGAUGACAUGGCCGACUCCAUGAAGAAAGUGACUGAGCUUCUGCCAGAGAGCCAGGUGUUCUACCUGAAGAUGAAGGGAGACUAUUAUCGUUACCUGGCUGAGGUCGCCGCAGGAGAGGAGAAAACCGAUAUCAUCCAGAAGUCUCAGGAAGGGUACCAGGCCGCCUUUGACAUCAGCAAAGACAACAUGCAGCCCACUCAUCCCAUCCGCCUGGGCCUGGCUCUCAACUUUUCAGUCUUUUACUACGAGAUCCUGAACUCUCCAGAGCAGGCCUGUGAACUGGCCAAGAAGGCUUUUGAUGAUGCCAUUGCUGAGCUGGACCAGUUAACUGAAGACUCGUAUAAAGACAGCACACUCAUCAUGCAGCUACUUCGAGACAAUCUGACGCUGUGGACCUCUGACAAUCAGGCCGAUGGUGAGGACACAGAGGAGGGCCGGGAAAACUAAAGCCAACUCCACAAAGAAGCUUUUCAGUCAGCACGGCUGACGCUUUUCCAGUUCCAGCUUCAUACUCACCAGCCCGUCAUUUAUGUGUGUGUUUGGAUGUGAGAGUGUGAAGGAGAGACUGUGUUCGUGUACGUGUGUUUGUUUGGGGGGCAAACGGCAGUUGUUUGUCUUCAACAUGUGUUCAUUGUGGAUUGGAGAAUGCAGUGUAGUUUGUUGGCUUGAUGUGUGCUCAUGCAUGUGCUCGUGGGAUGCCAGUCACCAUCAAGCCAACAUCAGCUUUGUUGUAGGUGCACAUGUGAGAGAGAGAGAGCGCGAGUAUGAACCCUUUUCUGAGUUUGCUAGGGGAGCAUUUAGUGAUGGGUUUCUUGUGGCAUAGACUGAAUUCUUCAUUUUCCUAAAGAAUCAUGGGAAAUAAACCAAAAGUCAGUAUGAAAGAAAACUUGUGACAGAUUGGGCUUGUGCAAGACAUUCUACUUCAGUUGUCAAGUGUUUGAUUUCUCAUUGGUGAAUAAUGCGUACAGUCUUUCUUUGUCGACCACAGACCUAAGAUCAAAAAGACUUGACACAUGGCUUAUACUGUAACUUUGAUAUAAAAGUCUUGUUACCGGAGCAGUAAGUAAUGCUUUUCAUGUGCUUAUCUGAUUAAUACUGUUUUCUAUUAGGAGUUUCGGUUUUUGUUUUAUUUGUACUACUACUUACUCGAUCUGUUUUUAGUUUGUUUUGUUUACUCUUUUGAUACUUGCCUAAACUGCAUGUGGCUUUAGUUAAUCAGGGUGACUGGAGUUGGCUGAUUGGGCUGUCUUAGAAUUUUCAUACGGAACACUCAGCAUUAUUGUUAUUUGUUAUGGAGGGUGGGCGGAGGGAUCUGGAUCUCAUGUUAGUGGUAUUAAAACAGAUAAAACACAAA